UUAUUCACAAGAGAAAAAAAUGGAAAGUAUCCGUUGAAAAUCAUGGGAACAAGGGGCUUCCGUUCGAUGACCGAUCAACCCAACUGAAAACUGAUUUGGGAGUAACUAACAGUUGUCCGGUUUCACUAGAAUUUUCACGAAGAUGUCGCUGAGAAUUAAGGCGGUGGUGGAUAAGUUCGUGGAGGAGCUGAAAGAGGCUUUGGAAGCCGAUAUACAAGACAGAAUAAUGAAGGAGAGAGAGAUGCAAAGUUACAUCGAGGAACGCGAGCGUGAAGUCGCCGAGCGUGAAGCCGCAUGGAAGGCCGAGCUCUCUCGCCGCGAGGCAGAGAUUGCCCGACAAGAGGCUAGGCUGAAGGUGGAAAAGGAAAACCUCGAAAAAGAGAAAAGUGUUCUAAUGGGAACAGCAUCUAGUCAAGAUAACCAAGAUGGGGCACUGGAAAUCACUGUAAGUGGCGAAAAGUACCGAUGCCUCAGGUUCGCAAAGGCAAAGAAAUGAGGCUUGUAUGAAGAAGAUGAAGAAGCUUUGAUGUCUUUUCCUAGAUUUGUUGCAGCCAGGUUGCCUUUUUUAGAACCUUAUUCAUUUUAUAUGCAUUGAUUAUUAUAUACAUAUGUAGGUUUGCUUUCGGACACAUCCUAUUGACAGUUUCAAGUAUAUGAUAUUCCAUUUUCAAUGAUGAAAAGCAAAAUCAAAAGUUGCUUCUGUUCAACCAAAAUAAACAAGGUUGCCAUCAUUUUAA